CAGGGCAGCAUCUCAGCGUUCACCCAAAGAGGCCUUCGAGGCUCAGGCAGCUUCAACUUCCCUGUCCACAUUAUCGGCCUCAAAGAAUGCGUUCUCGAUGCCAGUUGCACGAGGCGAUCUGGUCCAAGAAAUCAAGCUGCCGAAUCAACCCUUUGACGAUGGUGUCAUUUUCCGUUCAGACUCAGAGGACACCUCGGAAUCCGAGGAGGACCAUGGAGAAGAUGGGCAGCACGGGGUGCGCCGGAGAUCAGGAGUGCUCGACAUGAAACGGCGAUUGCAGCAUAUGCUGGCAUCAAGUUCGACCAACGUCGCCGAUCUCUACCAUAGCACAGGAUGCGCUCAGCGAAUUGCAAGGCAUGCUUGGUUCGACAUUGUCGUGAUGAGCGCCAUCGCUUUGAACUCCGUGUGGCUGGGAAUUGAUGCUGCAUUCAACGACUCCGACGUGCUGAUUCAAACGGAUCCCAUAUUCCUGGUUGUCGAGAAUCUUUUUUGCAUCUUCUUUGUCAUUGAGUUGUCCAUUCGUUUUGGAGCUUACGAGAAAAAGACAUCCGCCUUCCGAGACAUCGAGUGGGUUGUGGAUUUGGUGCUGGUGAUCUUGAUGGUCUUGGAAAUCUGGGCCCUUGCUAUUAUUCAACUGGCACUGGAAUCGACCACGCCUUCCACAUUCAACCCGGCUUUCUUGCGGCUGACACGAAUUUUCAAGUUCUUCCGCAUGGUUCGGCUGGUUCGACUUCUUCGGUACAUGCCUGAAGUCAUCAUCCUAGUGAAAGGCUUAGGAGUUGCUUCUCGUUCGGUCUUCUUCACACUGUGCAUGCUCGGGCUCCUGAUCUAUGUGUACGGCAUAGCCUUCAAGCAUCUUUGCAAGGACACAAACGUGGGCUCAGUCUAUUUUCAGACUUUGUCACAAUCUAUGUUUACCCUCUUCUACAGUGGAUGCUUUUUUGAUGGCAUUUCUAUGCUUGCCGAGAUGAUGUUUGCAGAAAGCUUUAUCUUUGGCAUUUUGCUGAUGAGCUUCCUUUUGUUGGCUCCUUUGACCGUUAUGAACAUGCUCGUUGGAGUCCUGGUCCAGGUCUUACAGGUGCUCUCGCAGGUGGAGAAUGAUGCGAUCACAACUGCCUUCCUCCACGAGCAGACCCGAAAGAUUUUCGCGGCCAUGGACCUCAACAAUGAUGGAAAUGUAGACGUGGAGGAAUUUGCCAAACUGGUGAAGCAACCGAACAUGGUGAAAGCACUACAUGAAGCCGACAUUGAUGUUCCUGCUCUCAUCAACGAAGUGGAUUUGAUCUUUGGUGGCCAGGAGCGGUUGGGCUUGGAUGAGUUUGUGACGCAGAUUCAAGCUUUCCGACGCACAAAUCAGGUCACCAUCAAGGACUUGCUCCAGUUCAGGCUAAUGGUGCGAAAAGACACAGAAGAGGUGCUAAGAGCUCAAAAUAAAACGCUGCAGAAAUCUGUGAGGAGAGCCAAUAAAUUUAACCGGUUGAAAUGAUGCUCACAGGGUGGACAAUUGUUCUUUAGAGAACAGGUUUCCCGAUGUUCUACUCCAAAAGAUCAAGAUGC